GGGCGGAGACACUUGCUGUGACCCACAGUAUCCAGGACUGUUGUGGAUGAGAGGAAUAAAGGCUGCGUUGCCUUUCAUUCAAAACAGCGUCGCAGUCAUGCAUUAGAAGCCUAAUUAUCAAAGAUAGUUGCAUUGAACAGAAGUAGGAACUUUUAAAUCAGUUAGGUUCGCGUUUGCAUGUGGCGCGCGAGGGACGCACGCGUAGCAUAACUACAAUUAGAUUUCUGAAAGGUUGUAACAGUAGCGUCCCUGCAGCAGCCAAGUUGCAUACAAAACAGCGUUGUUCAGCUGAGGCACGGACUACUGCUCAUCACACUGGAGAGUCUCGGCGCCCUCAAGAACAAGGAUGAGCAGGAGAAACUGAGAUCUCCCCUGGCAGACUGAACACACAAGUUGACUCUAACAGAGUUACACCUGUCCUCAGUCUACUUCUGGUCUAACGGCACUCAACAACAUCAAAGCUCUCCGUUCUUCUUGUUGUCUCAUCCCUCUGCUUCUGGUAGAGUGGGGGAUGUCUGUUUUCUAACAUCUCUCGCCCUGCUUAUCUACUAGAUCUGUACAACUGUGAACCACACUGGACAUGGAGGACUAUGAUGUCCGUUCAGCUGCCAGCAUCCUGGCCUCAGUGAAAGAGCAGGAGGCGCGUUUUGAGCAGCUGACCCGAGCCCUUGAGGAGGAGCGUCGCAACGUCACCUUGCAGCUAGAGCGUGCCAACCUGCCUCCCACCCCCCCUACCAGCCAACCGCUAGCAUGGCAGCAGGUGGUAAUACAGGAGCAGAGCCCCAGUAACGCCACAUCCCUAGCCAUGAUGCAGGAGCCACAGGAGGUGGUGGAGGAGACGGUCACCAUAGAGGAGGACCCUGGCACCCCCACCUCCCAUGUAUCAGUUGUCACCUCUGAUGACGGCACCACACGGCGCACAGAAACCAAGGUGACUAAGAUGGUGAAGACAGUGACCACGCGCACAGUGCGUCAAGUGCCCCUUGGCCCCGAUGGCUUACCCCUGCCUGAGGGCUCGUCGCCACUGGGCAGCUACACUGAUUCCAUUGACCGACGCUUUAUGAAGAAUGGAGGGGACCGCUUUAUCACUCCUCAAGCAACCUCCACCCUGACACGCUCCUACAACAACUCCUACAAAGAUUCAUAUGGCGAGACACCUGAGAGCCAGUACAUUCGCCACUAUGGUCUGCACGACGGCUAUGUUGAUUUGACAGACAACUAUGGUAGCCUGUCGCGUGGCGUCAACUUCCGGCCGCCUCGCUAUCCCUACAUUCCCAACAGCUACCGGCCGGAGAACAGUUACACACUGCCUAUUCGGAAGGACGACUAUGGAGUCGCACAGCCAGAGCGCUUCCAGCCUGAGCCAUAUGGCCUUGAAGAUGACCGCCGAAGCAUGGGCCCUGAAGAGGAGGAGCCAUAUGAGCUGGAGCCUGACUACUCCACUGCCAACCGACGCACCUUGCAAGGGGCCAACCGAGGUCGCACCCACCGGGAACCUCUCCGUGAUGGGCCCAGGGUCAGAGGGUACCCAGACGACCCCAUCGAGGCAGAGCUGAUUGAUGAGCGCCACCCGUAUAUCCAUGGCAUGUAUUCAGCGCCACUGGCACAGCCAGAGAGAGGGAGCAUGGCCAGUUUGGACCACAUGGGUGGCCGGCGCUCGCCCUCUAUUGACAGCAUCCGCAAGGACCCACGCUGGCGUGACCCAGACCUGUCCGAGGUCAUUGCCAUGCUAGGCCAUCCCAUCGACCCAGUCAAGUCCAAUGCUGCUGCCUACCUGCAGCACCUGUGUUACGAAAACGAUAAAAUUAAGAAGGAUGUACGUCAGCUGAAGGGGAUUCCUGUUCUGGUGGGGCUUCUGGACCACCCCAAAUCUGAAGUGCACCGCAAGGCUUGUGGCGCCCUACGCAACAUUUCCUAUGGCAAAGACAGUGACAACAAGGUUGCCAUCAAGAAUUGUGAUGGUAUCCCAGCCCUCAUCCGUCUGCUGAGGAAGACCAGUGACAUGGAGGUUCGGGAGCUCAUCACUGGAACACUGUGGAAUCUGUCAUCUUACGAACCUCUGAAGAUGGUGAUCAUCAACCUCGGCCUGCAGACCAUGACCAACGAGGUUAUUAUCCCCCACUCAGGGUGGGAGCAUGAGCCUAAUGAGGACUCAAAGCCCCGUGACGCUGAGUGGACCACUGUCUUCAAGAACACCUCCGGCUGCCUCAGAAAUGUGAGCUCAGACGGGGCAGAGGCUCGGCGCAGAUUGAGGGAAUGUGAGGGAUUGGUGGACGCCCUGCUGCACGCUCUCCAGUCAGCUGUGGGGAAGAAAGACAUGGACAAUAAGUCUGUGGAGAACUGCGUUUGUAUUAUGAGGAACCUGUCCUACCAUGUCCACAAAGAGGUGCCGGGGGCCGAAAAGUUCCAGGACCCAUCUGCGGCCCCUGGUGCAGCAGGGCCACAGAGGAAGAAGAAGGAUGAUGCUGGCUGCUUUGGAGGCAAGAAGGCCAAAGGCAGAAAAAAUGGUGAGAAUGACAAAAACUACGACACAUUGGAUCUGCCCAAGCGCACAGAGCCGUCAAAAGGCUUUGAGCUUCUGUAUCAGCCAGAGGUGGUGAGGCUCUACCUAUCUCUGCUGACGGAGAGCCAGAACUACAACACCCUCGAGGCUGCUGCUGGGGCUCUGCAAAACCUCAGCGCUGGACAGUGGACUUGGUCCAACUACAUCCGAGCCACAGUGCGUAAGGAGAAAGGUCUGCCCAUCCUGGUGGAGCUGCUUCGCUCAGACUCUGACAAGGUGGUCCGAGCUGUGGCCAUCGCCCUGCGCAACCUGUCCAUUGACCGCCGCAACAAAGACCUGAUCGGAAGUUACGCCAUGCGGGACUUAGUGAGCAACCUGCCCAGCGGUCAGCAGCGGCCAGCCAAAAAUCUUGAGGAAGACACUGUGGUCGCCAUCCUCAACACCAUCCAUGAGAUUGUCACCGACAGCUCGGAAAACGCCCGCUCCCUCAUCCAGGCCCAGGCCAUCGAGAAGCUGGUCGCCAUCAACAGGACCAGCCAAUCAGCUCGAGAAACCAAGGCGGCGUCACAUGUGCUGCAGACAGUGUGGAGCUAUAAGGAGCUGAGGAAUGCUUUGACCAAGGACGGCUGGAACAAGAGCCACUUCCAGCCCACGGUGACCACCACCCCUAAAGCAACCAAGAAUGGCAAGCCAGGCUACGACGACACCACUCUACCCCUGAUGGAGAAGAACCAAGGCACCAGGAAAUGUGGCAGUGGUGAUAUGAUACCUAUGGAUGAGCUGGGUCCAGAUGGUUACUCCACCAUUGACCAGAGGGACAAGGACUGCAAAUACAAGACAGGUGACGGCUCAGUGGACCUGACAGAACGGGAGCCGUUAAAGAAUGACACAAAUAGGAAACACUAUAUCAGGAGUAACAGGCCUGCGGUCAGUCUGGUGGACGCUUGUGAUGUUAAGCCUCAGCCUGUUGACUCCUGGGUCUAAAUGCAUGCAUGGCGUAAAAUAACACCACUGCGCCACCCCAGCUAGAGGAGGAUCUCAUAUCACCACUGCCAUUUCACAGGGAACUCAUCUUUGGAGUUGGACUUUGUACAGAAAAGAGGAUUUAAAAAAAAAAUUAUUACAACAAUGACUAUCCAGCAGCAGCCAGCAUUCUCAUGCUUUUCAGAUUUUUUUUAAGAAUAAAAUUGACUACUCCUGCUACUUUCUCGUACCUACAUUCCCACUGGACAUCAUGUGAAUUUUACAGUGUUGACGCUUGUUGAGCUCUACCAGUGACAAGAAACGGACAGAGGUCGGUGCUGGGGAAGGAAUGGGUGGGCAGACAAAGUAAGGUGAAGAAAGUGAAUUCAAAAGGAACGCAUGUUGGAAGGAAGCCUGCAGCAAAAGAAAUGUAAAAUGGGUGUUUUUUAAAUUUCACAUCUGGAAAAAGUUCCUGUCUCAGAUUUUGUGGGUUUGGGAGAAAUGUAUUUUCCCUUUGUUGUCAAAAAUUUGAUAUUUUGAUGUAAACAGGUUUGGACCAGUGUAUUUGAAGAUCACUGAAUGUUUUUUGUGGUUUGAUGAGAUGGACACGAGAAGGGAGAAGUAAAGGGAGAGAAACCGAUCCUGAGAAGAGCUGUAGCAUAGUGGAUAAAUAUGUGCUCCCAGCAGCCUCAACUCAUAGACUUGCAAUCCAUUUGGUUCACUGUGGUUUCUUCAACAAAACAUGCACUCAGAUGCUUUAAAAUCAGAAGUGGUCAACAGGUGAUUGUUCCUUUUAUAAAGUGAGGAAUCUGCGAGUUGUGGUCUGGAGAAAAGAAAGUAACAUAGGGUGUACAUCUGAUGGAGUUCCAGUUUGUGUUCACACUGCACUGACUCCCAAAUGUCAGCUAAAAUGGAAACAAACACAAGCAACAGAGACUGUUCCAUUGUGGUCAACAUGUAUGAGCCAAGUGGCAUGUUGACCUUCACAGAGCUGUGGUUACAUGUGUUAUCACUCAGGUUGUGUAGCAGUGCACUUCCUUGAGUUUCUUGGUUGGUUGAUCUCUAUCAGUGAUGUGUAUUAAAGAGGAUAUAAGGCAUUUUGUUUAUAAAAGAUUUGUGUUUUUGAAAAGAGAUGCAGAGGAUUGUUGUUGAAAGGAUAGAUCUAAAAGCAUUUUUUAAUUAUUUUUGUUGGGUUUUAUAUAAAUGUAUAUUAGGGUCAAAAGGAAAACAGUAAAAAAAAA